UUUAUGAAAUGCAGGUAUUUAAAAUCUACUCAUCUUUUACAACUUAAUUUCACAACACUUACGAACAAUGGAAAAUCGUUUGCUCUUCUUCAUCAUGUUUAGCUUCAUCAUGAUCUUCGUCACAUGUUGCUCUGUGACAACACAACAAGCUCUGAAUUCAUCUUUCACUUCCUCUGGAGUGAGAUGUCUCCCCCACAUAAGCUCUGCUUUGUUGCAACUAAAGCAAGAGUUUGUCUUUAAAAAGCCCAAUUACACUGAUUAUUAUUAUUAUCCAAUUCCAUCCAAUGAGACCCUUUCAUACCCGAAGAUGAGAUUUUGGAAGGAAGGAAAGGACUGCUGUGAGUGGGAUGGUGUCACGUGUAGCACCAAAAUAGGACAAGUAAUAGGGCUCGAUCUGAGUUUAAGUUGGCUUCAAGGGCCUUUGCAUUCCAAUAGCAGCCUCUUCAGCUUAAGUCAACUUCACCGGCUCAACCUUGCCUACAACAACUUCACUCUUUCCAAUAUUCCAUCAAGCUUUGCUCAGCUUUCGAGGUUAACCCAUCUCAACCUCUCUCACUCCUUUUUUUCUGGUCAAGUCCCUUCUGAAAUAGCUUUGUUGUCCAAUUUGAUGUCUCUUGAUCUCUCUUCUAAUUUUGACUAUGAUUAUGAUCGUGAGAUGGUUAUUAGCCUUUUAUAUAGCCCAACGAUAGCAUUUGCUCAAAACAUGACAAAAUUAAGAGAACUUCAUCUGAACAGUGUGAAUCUUUCUUCACUACUACCUGAAUCUAUGGCUAACCUAUCCUCCUUGACAUCUCUAUCUCUUAGAGAUUGCAAUUUGUAUGGUGAAUUUUUGCAAAACAUUUUUCAUCUACCUAAUAUUCAAGUCAUCGAUGUGUCAUCCAAUCAAAACCUCAAUGGAAUAUUACCAUAUUCCAUUGGCGAUCUCAAGUUCUUAAGUGUUUUACAUCUCUCAAAAUGUAAUUUUUCAGGGACUAUUCCAUCGUCAAUUAAGAAUAUAUCACAUCUCUCAAGUCUUGACCUAAGUUCCAACAACUUUGAUGGUCAACUUCCACCAGCUUUGUUCACAAUGCCUUCCUUACAAUCUCUAAGUGUUUCUUUUAAUCGGUUUACAGGCCCUCUAACUAUUCCAUCUUCAGUUAAGAAUUUAUCACAUCUUUCAUUGCUUGACUUAAGUUUCAACAAUUUUGAUGGCCAACUUCCACCAGCUUUGUUCAUAAUGUCUUCCCUACAGUAUCUAAGGCUUGACGAUAAUCACUUUAAUGGCCCUCUAACCAUUCCAUCUUCAGUUAAGAAUUUAUCACAUCUUUCAUCGCUUGAAUUAAGUUUCAACAAUUUUGAUGGUCAACUUCCACCAACUUUGUUCAUAAUGCCUUCCUUACAAUCUCUAGGUCUUUCUUCUAAUCAAUUUACAGGCCCUCUAACCAUCCCAAAUGUCUCGUUAUCAUCCCAAUUGGCAUACCUUAAUUUGGAUGAGAACAAGCUAACCGGAAAAAUUCCAAGGUCAAUUUUUGAAAUGCAAAAACUUAAAGAUCUGUACCUUAGCGACAAUAACUUAAGUGGCAUUAUAGAGAUGAGCGUGUUCUCAAAGUUGAGUCAGCUUCGAAGUCUUUUUCUUUCACGUAAUAGUCUAGUUGUAGUGGAAAACACAACAACAAAUUCCACUCUAAACUGCAAACUUAAUUAUUUGGAUUUGGCUUCAUGCAACAUUACAGAAUUUCCCAAGUUCCUAAAAACCCAAAAUGAGCUACAAGAAUUGUAUCUUUCCAACAACAAAAUUGAAGGCAAGAUCCCCAAAUGGUUCUUCACUAUAGGGGCAGAGACCUUGCGGGGAUUAAAUUUGUCUACAAAUUUCAUCACCGGUUGGGAACAAGUGCCGAAAGUGCUUCCGUGGAAAGCGUUGCGGACUCUUGACUUAAGCCACAACAUGUUUCGAGACACAUUACCAGCUCCACCAUUUUCUGUAAGGGGGUUUUACAUUUCGAAUAACAACGUUAGUGGGAAAAUUCAUCCAUUGUUCUGUAACUUGACUAAUCUGGAAUCUCUUGAUAUGUCCAAUAACAACUUAAGCGGUGAGAUUCUUCCAUGUUUGGGUUCCAUUAGCUCCCUUCGAGAGUUGACAUUGUCUGGCAACAAAUUUGAGGGCUCUAUCCCAUCAUCUCUUGGGAAUUUGACUUGGCUUUAUCUUUUGGACCUCUCCAAAAAUAGGCUCUCUGGUAGAAUUCCUCGAAUGGGAAACAACUCAUUAUUCUGCAAUUUAAGAGAUCUUCUGGUUCUCGAUGUCUCAAACAACCAAUUAAGCGGCUCUAUUCCACAAUGCUUGGGAAGUUUCAGCCAUGCUCUUCAAGCGUUGAUUAUGAAAGAGAACAAUUUUAGUGGAGAAAUGCCUCAGACAUUUCUGAAUGGAAGCAGUCUAAUUACUCUCGACCUCAGUCAUAAUCAAUUAGAAGGAAUGGUUCCACAAUCUUUAACCAAUUGCAAUGCAUUGGAAAUUCUAAAUCUCGGAUACAAUCAACUAUCUGGCACUUUCCAUUUUUGGUUACAAAAUUUAGCAAGCUUGCAAGUUCUUGUGCUGCGUUCCAACAAAUUUCAUGGUCCAAUAUGGGAUCCCAAGAAGUUUAUGGGCUUUGAGAAACUACUGAUUGUCGACCUCUCUUUCAAUAAGUUCAAUGGAACAUUGUCAUCGGAUUACUUUGCCAAUUGGAGUGCCAUUAAUACACACAAUAAUAGUGUUGAUAAGUCAAAGCCGGAGUACAUCGAUGACGGCCACUACUAUCUUCUCGAGUCGGUAAUAGUGACUAAUAAAGGCUUUGAAAUGGAAUAUGUCAGGAUCUUAACCAUCUUCACCUGUAUCGAUCUCUCAAACAAUAAUUUUCAUGGCGAAAUUCCAAAAUCUAUUGGGGAUCUCCAAUUAUUGAUUGUGCUGAAUCUAUCAAGUAACAAUUUUGAAGGCCACAUUCCACUAUCGAUUGGGAAUCUGAAAGAAAUUGAAUCAUUGGAUCUCUCAAACAACAAGCUCUCUGGAAGAAUACCUCAGGAAUUGGCAGCUCUCACAUUUCUGGAGUGUCUCAACCUUAGUAAUAACCAACUUACGGGGCCGAUACCACAAGGGACACAGAUUAGUACGCUUCCAAAUUCUUCAUUUUAUGGAAAUGAAGAAUUAUGUGGCUUUCCAUUAUCAAAGGAAUGUGAUAGCAGUGAUGAGUCUCCAAGUACACUUGAACAUGAAUCUGAAUUUGAGAGUGGUUUUGGUUGGAAAGCAGUGCUUGUGGGAUAUGGAUGUGGCUUUCUUGGUGGACUGUUGGGUGGAUAUUUCUUCAUUUCGAAGAUAUAAAACAGAGUGAAUGAAGGGAGUUUCACAUAGGAAUGAUGAUAUUAUAUGAUUGACUCCCAAAGAUUUCAGCAGAAAAUGAGACAAUGCCAGCUUUCAACAUUGUGACACACAUAUAUACUUGUGUAUAUAUAUAUAUAGCAGCUUUGUUUAAUUUGGUUGAUUUGACUCUUUGCUGCCAUUAUUAUGUUAGAGUGUUUAAUUUGUGAGAAUUUCCGUGUUGUAAUUAAUCUUUCUCUUUUGUUUAUCUUUGUUAAAGUAUGUACCUUCCUUUUAUUGCAGCAAAUAUUAUUCCUUUUACUAAAUUAUUUUUAGUACUUUUUUUGUUUAAGAAUUCUGGUUAA